UGUCUGGUGUGCACAACAAAGCCACACGACAACCGCGUAUUCCACCAAAAGCUGGUCUGAAAACUGGUCUUUUGGAACAACUGCCGAAACCAAUUUAGCAUUAUAAUCCACCAUCAGACGCGCACCACUGAGAUAUCUUGGCGGGAUAUUUUGUUAUCGACAAAGAAUCUGAUAAACCACACAAAAAGUCGGGAACAAAAAGCUCGCUCCUGAGAGCAACAUGGGCCGUAUCUUCCUGGACCACAGCGGGGGGACCCGUCUCUUCUCCUGUGCCAACUGCGACACCAUCCUAACCAACCGCUCCGAGCUCAUCUCCACGCGCUUCACCGGGGCCACAGGACGAGCUUUCUUAUUUAACAAGGUGGUGAACCUGCAGUACAGCGAGGUGCAGGACCGGGUGAUGCUGACGGGCCGCCACAUGGUGCGCGACGUCAGCUGCAAGAACUGCAACAGCAAGCUGGGCUGGAUCUACGAGUUCGCCACCGAGGACAGCCAGCGCUACAAGGAGGGCCGUGUCAUCCUGGAGAGGGCGCUGGUGCGCGAGAGCGAGGGCUUCGAGGAGCACGUGCCCUCCGACGCCUCCUGAAGGGAGUGGAUUGGAGUGGAGUCUGCUUGGCCGCAGGACUUAAAAAAACAUACGUAGACAUACUGUACUGGACAUAAGCGCUCACAUUUGGACACACACACACACACACACACACAUGCACACACACA